AUGGCCUUCCCCUCUCACUUCACUGUGGUGGAUCUGGCGCCGGCGGCGCUGACCACAUUGCCCGCUUGGGCCCGGGAGAUGAUGGAACUCAUGCCGAGCCGGGAUGAGGUCAUGGGCUUUCUGCAUUGUCGCUCUGCAGAGGUUCUGGUCCUUUCGAUCUUCCUUUUGGUGUAUCCGUGUCCAAAGGACUUUCUGACGAGCGUCCAGCUCAUACUGUGCUUGGUGCUGCUGGCUGUGCCAAAGCGCUUGGCCAAAUACACCAGCAAAUUCUUCACAGCCAGUGCCGGUGUGGCCCUGAUGGGGCAAGUGCUGGGCUUCACGGUGCUUCGCUUCAAUAAGGAGCUAAUGAGAUACUUUGGCAUGGCUCCCAAUGUGGCGCUUGUGUGUCGACAGCUCUUGAUCCUCAUCUUCGCAAAGUUAGAAGAGAUGGUGGAGGCUCCGGCGCCAGUUCCUGCGCCCAUGGAGCAGGAGAUGGUCGUCCUAGGAGGUUCCCAGAGAUCAGGUAGCGAGAUGCCAGCAGCAUGGCGGAUAGCACUCAGGUCCGACCCCGUGACGGAGGUGCGGCGGCUUCUGUUGGCGGUGCCGCAGAUGGCGGCGGUGUGCAUCGUGGCGAUCAACGCCGUGGAAGAGACCGCGUGGUGCCUCCCACCCUUGGCUGUGGUGGGCGCCUUCUAUGCCAGCGGCGCUAUGGUGAAGCCUCCCCUGGAGACGGGCAAGCGGAUCCCAGAUCAGGCAAGAUUCUGGAUCCAGGUGAUGGCCUUCAGCUUGGCUGUGGGGAUGCUGGGCGAGAUUUGCACGGCCCUGUGGUGGCCACCCUGGGAAGGUGUUCCUGGCAAGCCUCAACCAGCAGCCAUUGGCCUCUGGGAUAUGUGCAGAAACUAUGACCCCUGGAGCCCAGGUCUUGCACGGAGCGUUGAUGGAAGGGCUCAAUUUCCUGGAAUGCAUGCGAAGGCAGGCUGGGUGCCACAACGCCAGCGCUGUGGCCAGGAUGUAGUCUAUUGGCUUUGCCUCGAGAGUGGCAUUCGGGUGCCGAAGUUCGCCCUCUUCUUCGUCCUCUGCUGGAUUCUGCGCACAGACUGGGAGAGACGCCCCGACCGUGGCCGCGCCGCGGAACCGCGCAGCCGCUGGUUCCGCCGGACCAUGGCCUCAGUGUCCACGCGCUUCUUUGAGUCGUUGGCCCCAAGAAGGAGCACGACCGUGGCGGAACGAGAGUCGGAGCUGAAGUUGUUCAUCAUCACUCUGGCAGGGAUUUUUUGCUGGAUCUUUGUGAUUGUUGCUUGCGGGCUGCAGAGGCAGUUUAACCUCGUAGCACUGGGGUACCUUUGGAUGGCCCUGGCCACUAGCAGCUCAGUCACCAACGCCACUCUCUACCAUGACCCGGUGCGUGCCGUUCUGUGGCCCGCCCGGGCGGUGGGCAUCUUCAACUUCCUGGUCAUCAUGGCCUUCUCGGUCUGCCAAUGCCCAUCCUUUCCAUGCCCCUAUGCUGCGAAGCUUGAAGGUCUGGGCGGGCCAGACCACAUCAGCCGCUUCUUGAGUGGGGAGCAGUGUCUCUACGCCUCGCGCCACGCGGUGAGUGGCGAAGCGAGCGAUGCCUGGGCCCUGGGACCCCUCUUUCAAAGUGUUGGCAUGAUCAAGACGGGAGGGGCCUUGUCAGGCACUUUGGAGGAGUUGGUCCAUUGCUUGGUCUUUGUGAGCUGCUUAGUGCAGCGAAUCCUGGUGGAGAGAUGGAACGAAGAUCUCAGAGAACACUUCAAGCGCCGCAAGGCCUUGCUGGACUUCCGCGCCGAGUGGUAUGCCGAAAAACUGGCCACCAGCAGGCAGGUACAACUCUCGAUGUGGGACACGAAGCGUCAGGUAUUGCUCAACAAACUUGGGCGGGUCACCAAGCAGUUGAAUACUUUGCGCUCCAUUUGGGACGGCCAACGCCCUGCCUUUACUGAAGAGGAGGAGGAGGAGAACCUCCAGAAAGCACGUGUGGAGCACAUUUGUUUGCAGGGUGGCGUCAAUGAGCUUUUGGUCUCUGGGCUUCUCAAAGAGUUCACGAAGAACUACGCAGACCAAUUGCUCAACCUGCCUAGCCAGCAAAGGUUGCAGGCACAAGCGAUCAUCGACAAGGGUGUGGUCGAUUACUUGCACAGAAGGUAUCUGAGAAAGCUGAAGAUGAUUACAUCUGCAGAUGAAGCAGCUUCAAAGAAGCACCUGAUCCAGGAAUGCCAGAAUGAGGUGGAAGGCAUUUGGAAGGACGUCAAAGGUGAAGAGAAUGACGCUGUGGAGCUGGAAGAAGCUCCGGUGGAGCCUAGCAGCUCUUUCAGAUCCAGGAAGAGCGAAGAAACCUCUCAGGCACAGACGGUGAGGGCAUCCUUUUCAUCAGAGGCGGCGGUCGAUGAGCCCAAGCCCCUGAUGGGCAUGUGGUGGGUGGAGCUUUGUGGGACCUUUGUGGAUGAUAUGCUCUUCAUCCGGGAGAAGGAUGAGACCUUGUAUGAGCACCGCAAGGGAAAUUCCCCAAGACUCUUGCUUUGCAAAGCCUUGCUGAGCCAAUCUGUGCUGGCAUUAGUUGUCGCAGGUGCCCUGCAGUUCAUGUCUCUCCGAUCCUUGACUUCGGCCAUCAGCAUCUCCGUGGUUGUCAUGGCCUUGAUGGCCUUCCCGCACGUCCCCUGGACGGUGUGGGUUGCCCUGCAGUGGUUGAACUUGGCUGUCAUCUUCGCGAAGGUGGCCUUCCAGCUGCCAAUCUUCUGCGAGGACGGGCAUCUACAGUACCUCCCCUGCCAGAGCUUAUGCGACGAAGAGAUGCCCUUCACUGCUCUCUUGGGCUUAGUGAAGACCCAAGAGAAUGCCAGCGACCCUUGCUCUUUGGCACGCCCUACGCUGGGCGAGAUUCUUUGGGCAGACGUGGUCUUCGCAGUGGUCUUGCUGCUGGUGAUGUGCGCCGCACGACUGGGUGGUCGCUUCGGAAGUACGGCCCAGAUCUUGAACAGUUUGAAGGUUCUUGAGAAGAAGAACAGGAGGAUGAGUACCUAUCUCAACCGCGAAAUGCUGAAAGCAGCCCUUGGCAAAGAAGCAGACAGGGAAGCAGCCUCCGACUCCGACAGCGACAAGGAGGAGGAGGACCAAGAAGCUCCCCCCACAGGUUCUCAGCCGGUUCCGCAAGAAGAGCCAGCCAGGGUAGACCGGCGCCGCAGGGCCAGGGCGCGGUCAGAAGCACAGAAGUGGUUGGAGAGGGGUCGGCGGUGGCUGAAAGAGUAUGUCGUCCUCCCCGCCUAUGUCCGGAAGCCGGCCAUGGACCUCUAUGAGAUCCGGCUUUGCAUCGCCUUGAUUUGUCUUGCCAUCUUGGUCUUUGGCUGGAGCACCAUGGUGGACAGCGGCCGGAGCUUCUCCAAGGCUUUGAAGACCAACAACUUCAGCACCAAUCAGGUGCGAGUCCUGGUGCUUUUCAUGCUUAUGAUUGUGAUGGACCGAGCCUUGUACACCUGGUACCGUGGAGACCAUGCGGGCCAUGCGGAUGAUGGACAACCUUCCAAGACCACAUACACCUGGAAGGGCCUGAUGGCGCGAGUGGUUCAGAAGAUCCUCGUGCUGGUGCAUGUGGUUUCCAUCCAUGCACUUUUCAUCCAACAAUGGAGCCGGAAGCUGGUCCCAAAGAGGAAAGUGCAAUCGGAGGUGUCAUUGAUAUCCUUUUCGACCCUCUCGCUCUUCUACAUCCUCUACCUCACAUACCUGGCCUUGAGCUCUUUGCAGCUCAAGUAUGAUGUCCACGUCAUGAGGGGAGGCCUACGCUUCUGCCACAGCACCGACAUUGGCAGGAUGCUGAUUUUCAAGGUCUACAGCGCCAUACCCUUCCUGAACGAGCUGCGGGUGAUUACUGACUGGACGGUCACCGAGACAUGCAUGAACUUGUUUAUGUGGAUGAAGCUGGAAGAUGCACACCAUAGCCUCUAUCGGACACGCCUGGACAUGGAAGGCAGAGCUAUGACAGACCCAGCGUCAGCCAGGCCCUUGUUCGAAAAGUUCUACAUGGGUGUGGCACUGCUGGUUCUCUUAAUGGCCUUGCUUGUUGGACCUAUCAUUUUCUUUUCCGCCUUGAACACCUUCAUGCUCACGCCAGGUGUGGUGACCACGGCCAGUAUGUCGGUGGAUUUGCGCGUCGAGGCAAACUAUGGACAUCGGACUUUGAACCUCUACACCGCCUACCAGGAGUACAUCAAAACCUCAGAUGAAGCUGCUGCACAGAGGUUCCAGAAAAGAUUAGUGGAGCAUGAGAUUCCCAUCUCUUUGCAAUACAUCCGAUUUCCCCUGGCGUCCGACGAGUUCUGGGAAAGCUCGACAGCUUUGCAACAGAUGAUGGCCAAGUUUAUCGACCCCGAGAGGCAUCCGGAAGUGUCAGUGAAGUUCAGACUCAGCCUGCACUUCCAACCCAAUGCAAGCUUGCCGGUGGAGACCUUUCAGGAGGUGGCCGUUGGCAACGACACGCGAAAGAUCUUGUACUCCAUGUUCAGUCAUCCUGACAAUCAAGAAGCGAUCUCCUUUGUUGUGCCGGGUCUCUUUCCGAAUUUCAGGAGAAUUGGGAGUGCCAGUGCCAUCACCCCGAUCGACUUCAUAAGGGAUCAGGAGGAGACCCAGAGCAGCGACGUGCAAUUGUCCUUUGAGCCCGGCGAGAAAGACAAACAUCCGGCUAUUUGGUAUGUGACUGGGAAUGCCGCGAAUGCCACUUUUGGUCCUGAGAAGACUGCAGCUGGCAUAGGUACAAGCAGCCUCAGCCUCACCCUAACGCUGGUGUCCAACUACUUGUCCAGCUCCUCCACCACCAAGAACAACAAUCAAAAACAAAUGUCAAUAAACAGCCUUUACCUUGGCGUGGUUUUAACCAUUGGGAACCUUUUCCGGAGCCUUUUCAAGGGCAGCUCGAAGCGGAUGAUCUACGAGGAAGUCUCUGAUACGGACCUGCUGCUGGAUUUGUGCGAUGGCAUUUACCUGGCACGUGUCCAAGGCAAUCUUGAUGCUGAGUGGAUGUUAUAUCACGAAUUGAUUCGCAUCUACCGCAGCCCAGAGCUUUUAGCGCACAUCUCAGGGAACAAGAGCGGAGGACCGCGCCAGAUCACCAGCCCGGCGCCAAGCCCUGCGACCAAUGCUCGCUGGGGCAAAGUGAAGGAGCAUGUGAGGGCGAACAGCGGCUUGGAGAAGAGCCGAGCAAACACCGCCCCAGAGCGCCAGACCUCCACAAGCCGUGAGCGGUCCAGAAGCUGA